AUGAGGGCAGAUACUAUAUAUAUAGUGAAGCUGUGCAGAAGAGUUUAGUCGUUAACGUGAUGUUUCUGACGCUUGUUGCAGUUGCUUUUGCGACCGGGUAAUAAAACUACUAUACCUAUUCGUAAUCCACUUUUGCUUUUGUGUUUUAUCAAUGGUGUGAACAUAUGUGAAUUUGAAAAAGCGUCAGUCUGGAGAUGAAUAAUUUAAACCUAUCGGUAAUUUAAACCAUAAUAGCCUACCUGGUGGGGAAGAAUUGGAUUGUCUAACAUUUGUGAUGUGUAAAGCUAUUAUUCAGGUGCUGGUUUAGAAUAUCUGUUGAGUUAAUUUAAGCCUCGAUCAGCAUGUCUACCGCUACAGCAACUUUUAAUAUUUCAACGACAGCCGUGAUGAACAUCACUGUGGCAGGGAAUCCGUAUAUGAUUGCCGAGGAAUGCAUCGUAGCUUUGCUGCUUGCUUUUUCACUGUACGGCUUAAUCGUUGCUGCCGUUUUUGCCGUUCGCUGUAAAGUAGCUGCGCUGAGAAAAGAAAAUAUUCUUUUCGUCUUAUCAGUUGGCAUCUUGUUUCUGCGUGCUUGCUUUUUUGAAGUGGAGAUUCAUGUUCCUGCAUCGACAACGGCGUUUUGUGUCGCAUUUUCUGCAAUAAAUGUUGUUCUGGCCAAUAUUAACCGAGGAAUAGUUUACCUGAUUCUAUGGAUGCGCCAGAGAACAUUCUACCAAUCGCCCAUUCUCACUCAUUUAAACUCGAAGUACAUCAAAGUGCUGAGCAAAACAAUUUUGAUCGGGAUCGUAACAAUGCCAAUAAUUCUAAUCGGUAUGCUAGUUGCAAUACCUAUACAGUUCAACCUAGACCUAAGCUGCCACACUAAGAGAUCGAACAUCUUCUUACAAAUUGCUGUGCCAGUCGUUUACGCCCUACAAGCACUCAUUCAAAUAUUCCUCCUGGCGAUUGUACUCUACCCAAUCAUAAAGCACAUCAUCAUUACUAAAUUCAAGAGAAACAACAAAAUGGCAUCGGUAAUAAUUCGACUAAGCGUCUCCACGACAGUGUGUGUUCUUACCGACAUAGCAUUCACAGCGUUUUCGAUAAACCCAUCAGAAAACUACUCCUUUUAUUUCCUUGCCAUUAUAUAUGGGAUCAACACGCUAAUCAACGUGUGUGCCGUGGCGUUUAGCUACACAGAUUACUUACAUCGUAUCUUACCUUGCAUUAAGAAGAAACAACAGCCUGUAUCUCCCGAAGCUAGUGCCGUCCGAGAAACUAAUCUUGCGAAAACAAUUCCUUAAAACUGCAUUCGAUAAAAGCUGAUUUCACAUAAUAUGCUCACAUUAUUACUUGCUUGCCUUUUAAGCGUGAAUAUGACAUGAGUUUCUAGCCCAUUUUUUCUGUAAAUGGUAUUAUAUAGUAUUGGUUGGGGUAACGUACUUGGUCCAUGUUUUUAUUUUCCUUUAUAUCGCCCCAUUAUGGCUAUAGUAGACAAAGAAUAUUACAGAAAAAUAUGACCGUAUACCCUUUGUAAAUAUAUUAAUUUUAAACUGUAUAUCGGUCUUACACUACAUCAGUUAGCCGAAACUUACAAAUGGUAACAGCUUUCUAUUUGAUUUGAUUUUGCGAGGUGCAUUUUUGGAAUAUCGUAAAUUGUAUAAACUAUAAGUUAUGCUUUUUGUAAAUAAAUUUGCAGAAUAGAAAUGAUAAAAAUUGAAA